AUGGCAACUUCGCUACAGAACCAUCCCUACAAGCUACCGACACAUUCAUCAUCCCUUCAGGCCGACACCAGUACUGGUCGAUACCACCCGCAGUCCAACACGGCUGCCUAUGACACGAGCAAUACUCAUGCCUCACCCUCCAGUGCGGUGCAUGCUGGUACGAGUGCGGUAACAAUCCACGCUUUGAGGAACAACAGGUCAUCAGCUCGCCUUCAGCCUCCAAUCGAUACCCCCUCCUCCACCGCUUCCUCCUCCACCGCUUCCUCCAGCAACAUGACUUUCCCCCUGGCAGGGCCAAGCCCGCUACAGCCACAGCCCAAGCCCUCUCAUUUGGGUUCAGAGCUCUUUGAUGCUAUUGUUCAGGCUGCCGAUCCAAGACACCCCGACCAUGCCGCAUGGCAGGAGCGCUACGGUUCUCUCUCCACCCAAUCAUCGCGAGCUUCCUUCUCCAGCGCCUCGAAGCGCGACAAGCUUGCUUCACCACGAGUAGGCACGCCAUCCUCUCGUAAGUCACUCGACCACUCAGAUCUUCCAACCCGCAGAAAGCAGACCUCUCGCAGAGCUGGCACAUGGCACUUGCCCAAACCUCAAUCUCAGCAGGCAGGCGCCUCUGACGCCGACGACCCCCUCGCCCCUGCAUUUCAUUCCGGUGACGACCGCUCGACCCCCGUGCGCGCUUCAUUCGAGGGCUCUGUGCGUUCAUAUCGCUCUUCAUCAGUAACCAGCUCAAGUCAUCGAAGACGCAAUCGCAGACUGCGCGAUGCAAACCGUCCCAAACCACUCCUACCUCCCAUUCCACCGCCGAGAGUGACAAGUUCCACAAACUGGCAAUCCACUUUUGGCUCACCUUCGCUUCCAGAGCUUGCAAACUCCACACCUCGCACUGCCAACCAGCCUUCAUCUUCGAGCACCACAAGCGACAACCACGACCAUGACCUUCACCCAGUUCAACCCCAGCCACUUCUCCCAUCGCCAUCCGCGCCCGCUUCGCUUCGUAUCGCACAUCCCUAUGCUUCUGCUAUCUCAUUCGACAAGGUGCACCAAUCACCGCAGCUCUCAUCAAUGCCCAGCAUCCUACAACCUAGCAUUCAGCUCUGCCAGCCGGGGCCACGACUGGACCGUAGUCAUGCUCGUCAGCAAAGCUCGACAUGCACCUCUGCUCACCCAAGCCAUGUCGCCUCACUGGCACAAGCCUCUAUCACCACAUUGCCCGGCGACACCAUCCUGGACGACAAGAGCUUCUUGCAUCUUCCUCGUCGGCCACUACUGGCAGGUACAAAGCUUGCCUCGCCACCUUCUCAGCCAUCCACACCUUCCAGGCCGACACAGAUCGCAAAAGCAGCUCAUCAGAUUGCACCCUCUCGCAGGUCGCUGAGCAAGAUUCGUCAUCUUCUCGGCCCCGAAAUGCCUACACUUGGCGGGCCGCUGUUCCCCGAAAAGCUCGGUGCAUCAAUCCAACAAGCCACCGACCCAAUGCCGCGAUCUCCAACUGGGCCGCCGCCAGCCGUUCCUCCCAAGCACAGCGCGCUACCUGUGCAUCAGAAGACCGGAUCAGUGCCACGCUUACCUGUACCGGCUCUCACUAGCGAAGAAGCCCAAGAGAUAUGUCAAAGCCUAGAUGUCUCGCAAAAGGUCGAUCUUAACAUCUUUCCAUUGCGUCAUGACGAUCAGUUCCGCGCCAACGACAAUGAAUUCGAGAACUCGGAUGACCAAGAGCCCGAGGACAACAAUGCAGAAGGCUCAGGAGCCCUUCCACAUCUUUCGACCUCUGCUUUUCAUUACACCCAACAACCUUCCGCUUACAAGCCGUCCAGAGGUCCUGGUGUAGUGCGUCGCAGUCUAGAUUCCAUCAUCUCGCCUUUUCGUGCAGGCUUGCUCAACGGGCCUGCUACAACAGCUAGGCCAGCUGCUACUGGCAACCGUGUCAAGUCGAUCCUUGCUGUACCGCAAGUUGAGCCCAUCCUUAGGGGUCGUCGAAGCUUCUCCGACUCGCGCUUCGUGAGGCCUUUCCUGCCUCGACCACGCAACGCGACGCUUGCUAGACACACGCGACCGCUUAGCAAAGUACUUGACCGACCCGAAAAUGAGAUCGUAGAUGCCCUGCGAUGCUCAGACAUUCAGCAACGUGUUACUGUGCCAUCGACAAGGGGCAAUAAAGUCUCCAACCCUGCAGCCCAAGCGCCACAGGACCGUAAUGAGGCUUCGACUCUCAAUGCUGGUGCCGCAAAUGCAGCUGAGUCUCCAUCCAGUCGCAAGUCUAGGAGCGUAGGUCUGCGCAGAAAGGCGUUGCCACAGGCAGGUACAGAGUUUAGUGGCAUUGGCUGUGAAGCAUCCUAUGACAAUGUCGGCGGCCAAGAUGCAUCUUUACCCACCAUGUCCAGCUCACGCAGCAUCGCCAGCACUUUCAGUCGCUCUACCAGCAACCUGCACGAGAGUGUCGACUCGCCAUACGACACGUUUGCCCGCAAUGCUUCCCUGACCAUAUCGCAGCAGCAGCCUAGACGUGGUAAAAUCGGCGGCUUCUUCAGCAAAGUCAAAAGUUCCAUGACACCAAAGGCAACGCAGAGUACACCUGCGCGCCAGUUCCCGACCAAGUUCUCCUCGUCAGCAGCAUCAAGCCCGUAUCAAGCGUCAUUCGGCUCCCCUGCCGGAGGUCCACCAGGAUACAGCCCAGCGAAUGCCAACAAGGCCGAUCGACCCUUCCGCAACCGCGUCAAGUCUUUGACAUCUCCUCGCCGUCUGUCCUCGUCACGCAGCAAUAAUGACAUGGCGGCUGUACCGGCAGUGCCGGCUAUCCCACAACAUCUUGCCGGCCUACAGAAGGACAAUAUCGGCAAUCAAGAACACAUGCAAAGCUACAGCCGCCCCUCAAACCGGAUCCUCGCUUCGAUGUCAGCCAGCUUCGCUAGCCCAGAACAAGAACUGACUCGCUCUGUUUGGGAAGAAUCACCAAUGAUGCCAACCUCGUCUAGCUUCGCGUCAGCUGAGAAGGCCUCUAGAUCUCUUGGAAGGCUGCUGCGACGAAUGAAGACUCAAGAAGACUUUGCUGCUCUGACCGAUAGCUUUGUACCAUUGCCACCCAAGAUCUCUCACCCCGACCUUGCCGAGCAGACUGCACCUAGGUCAUCGAUGUCGUCUACUCGAGGUUUUGACGUUGUUGAGCCGGUAGAUCCAUCUGUGCCUGUGGGACAGACGCGCACCACUAUUCGCAAGACGUUGAGCCCAGCACUGCUCAGCGAAACGCCUCAGCCAGGGUUGGAAGCCACGUUGGAUGAUGCAGAUUUAAGCACCCUCGGAUUUGGCGACAAUGGCAGAUCCAGAGCCAGAGCCAGAGCCAGAGCCAGAACGGAUUUCGAAGCUGACAACCAGCCCACAGGUGAAGAUGCCGCAGAAGAGCUUGGCGAGACAUUUGGUAAUGAACAGCGGUUCAAGUCGCCACGUGGUCGUUUCAUCCGUGGUAACCUUUCAGUGGAUCGUCUCUCACGUGUAGAAGAGCUCAGCGAGCGCCUAUCGUACCUCGCUGAGCCUGCUGCAGAGUUGGAUGCAGUUGGUGGCGUUUCCCCUACGCCCAGGUCGUUGCCCACCUCGCCCAACCCGCGCUCAUUCGGCGAACACAGAUCAGUGCGAAGAAGCGUCAGCGGCAAUGUACGAGCACAGCCGUUACCGCCAACCCUGCAGCUUGCAGCGCCUCAAAAUGCCAGGCCCCGCAAGAUCAGCCUCGACAUUCUGCGUCCGAGCAGGAAGUCGGAAUCGACUGUUCGAGAAGCUUCUUCCCUCGAAUCGCCUGCUUCACUUCGUUCUGGGUUCAUCAGCUCACCGACCACGAACAAGCUCUCAACGACACCCAAGACCCCAGCUACACCAAGCUUUGGCGAGCAACUGACACCUUGGCGCUCGACUAGCUUCAGCACUGCACGCAGUGCUGGUCGAACAUCUUUCUCGCAAGAUCGCGAUCGUGCUCCGGUAGCAAGUCCGAUCAGUCCUCCAAUGCCUACGAGCUCGAGUGUUGGACAGGCGAUCAAGCGCUUGGGUAUCAAGAGCAAGGGUGACAAGGCCAGCAAGGGUAUUGGACCCGCCGAUGUCAUUGUGCUCGACUUUGACGAUGAGCAAGGCUGUGGUGACGACGCCAGCAACGAGAUGGGUUCGCGACCAUCGAUGUCAGUGGAAGCUCGGCCUUCAUUUGGUGGCGGUGCAAGGCCUUCUUUCAGCAGUUUUGCGCGACCCUCUUUUGGCGGUGGACCAAGGCCGAGCAUCGAAGCUACGGGCCGCAACAGUCUUGUGGCAGCAGAGAUGGUGACCAAGCUGUUGGAGGUUGAGGCAAGCGAGUUGGUGCCGAGCCCUGUUACACCAUCCUUCGGACAGCAGUUGCCCAAGGAGAUGGGAGGCAGCUCGGCAUCCUUGAAUCGCGGCGCCGCGAUCGAUGGGGACGCGAGCCCAAACGGAGGAGAGAUGGCGGGAUUGGGUAUCGGCUUAGUGCAGUGGUCUGAUGGCAUGCCGAUGGGUGCGGGUGAUAGCAUUGAUGCUUCGACCUCAGACGGAACUUUCACUUCUCAAGGCAUUCAGACUCCCGAGAACGGUUCUCUAUCACACAGAUACACAUCCCAGCUUCCCUACCGAACUGACCCGACAGGUGCAACAACUCCGCACGCCCGACCUAGCAUGGACACAGGCAGGAGCAUGGGUACACCAGGACCGGCCAAGUCGGCGGAACUGCUUGCGUUCGAGGAUAUGCUGGGCAAGUUUCCGCAGCAACAGAAAUCGCUUCUGCAGCAUAUCUCGGCUCGUGUUGCCAAGACUCCCAAUGUAGGAGGAGGCGGACCGAGCAGUCGUGAAGAGGUGACCAGCUCCUCGUGUGUUUUCCCAGACCUUUCUGGAUAG